AUGGGUUCGACCUUCGUAUCACCACGCGCAGUAGGCGCGCCUGGGAUCCCAUAUUACACCCCAAUUAAUAACCCAGGAGCAGCCAUCGACCCUGGCCCUCACACACCAACUCUCUUCCAACCACUCAAGAUUCGCAAUUUUACCCUCAAAAACCGCAUCAUUGUUGCACCAAUGUGUAUGGCCUCCUCUGAGGCUGACCCAGAAUCCGACGAUGUCGGCACGUUAACCGAUUUCCACAUUGCACACCUUGGCCAUUUCGCCACAAAAUGUGUGGGGCUAGUGAUGAUCGAAGCUACAGCCGUACAGCCCAAUGGCAGGAUCUCAUCAAAUGACUCUGGCUUGUGGCAAGGUACGAAUUCCAGUCAAUUUAGAGCGCUGCGUCGCGUUGCGGAUAUUGUUCAUAGCCAGGGCGCGAAACUUGGAAUACAACUUGCGCAUGCUGGACGAAAAGGUCGUGUCGUUACACCUUGGGUUGGUGGACGUGGUGCUGUUAAGGCGUAUAAGAGCGCUUGGGGGUGGCCUGAUGAUGUCAUUGCUCCUUCUUGUGGAGAAGAGUUCAAAUGGUCACCCGGUGAGACGAGCUACUGGGCGCCGAGGGAUCUGAGCGUGGCUGAGAUCGCGGAGGUUGUUGCAGCAUUUGCAAGGAGGGCAAGUACAGCUGUGGAUGCUGGAGUAGACGUGAUUGAAGUUCACGGUGCGCAUGGGUAUCUGCUUCGUCAGUUCCUCAGUCCGAUUACGAACCGCCGGGAUGACAAGUAUGGGGGCAGUUUCGAGAAUCGGUGUCGUAUUGUACGCGGGGUUACGACUGCUGUCAGAGCGGAGAUUGGGAGUGAAGUGCCACUAUUUCUUCGCAUUAGUGGGACGGAGUGGCUUGAAGGUAACUCUGUAGCAGCGGAGAAUGGGACCUGGGACUUGUUAUUGUCAAUGAAGCUUGCCAGGCUCCUGCCGGAGUUUGGAGUCGAUUUAGUCGAUGUUAGCUCGGGUGGGAAUCAUCAUGAACAAAGUAUUCAACCUCAUGGAAACUAUCAAGUGGAUCUUGCAGGGGAGAUUCGCAAAGCGGUUCGCGCGGCGGGACAGAAGACUUUUGUGGGUGCAGUUGGGCUAAUACGAGACCCUGAAGCGGCUCGUGAUAUAGUACAAGGUACAAAUGAUGAGACAAACUCAACAGGAGAACCUAAUGGAGAUGUCGUUUUAAUCGCCCGAGAGUUCUUGCGCGAGCCAAAUUGGGUCUUUUUGGCAGCAAAGAAGCUGGAUGUAAAAGUAUCACUAACAUGGCAAUUUGGUCGGGGUCUACUAUAA